UGCGUUCUUGAUGACAUUACCGAAUCGAACGCGCUAAAAGUAUGGAUGUCAUCAUAAACGAAAACGUAACUCCGGAGGAAUUAAAGAAAUUUGAGAAGAUCUUCAAUGAGCAGUGUCGCCAAGGUCAACCUAGUGCGAAAGCCCAAUUUGAGUAUUCAUGGUGCCUAAUUAGGAGCAGAUAUGGAAAUGAUCUUCGCAAGGGGCUGAGUUUAUUGGAAGAUCUUUACCACAAGACACAGGAUGACUCUGCUAAACGGGAUUACCUAUUCUACCUUGCUGUUGGGAACACACGACUGAAAGAGUACACACAUGCACUCAGAUAUGCUGAUGCCAUUCUCAAAGUGGAGCCCAGAAACCACCAGGUGCAUGAGCUCAAGACGUAUAUUGAUAAAAAGAUGAAAAAAGAGGGAUUAGUUGGUAUGGCUAUCGUCGGUGGUGCUGCGCUUGCGCUGGGAGGACUGGUUGGUUUAGGCGUGGCUUUGGCAAAGAAAUGAUGUAAAUCGUUAACAUAAGAAGAUCUCACCGAAAACCAUCAGGACGGGGACCAGUCAGUUUUACUUUUGAAGAGACUUAUGAAGAUUUCUAUAUGCUUGGUCUUCAUGAUCUGGGGUCAGUCCCUGCACCCGAAGUUCGGGAAAUGUUUUUUUGUUCAGUUAUGCACCACAGAUAAAAAUAGAAAUCUGAUAAUGUUUUUAUGAUAAUAGUCAAUGCAAAUCAUUGAUCAAAGUUUUGGAAACCUGCAAACUCGAUUGUUUCACUCUUCUCAAAGCCAGGCCCAAGGUGCCAGGUGUAUAUUUGAUUAGCAUACCAUAACAUAGCUAGGGCGUGCCGAAGUACACUUUAUUUGUGUUCACCUCGUUAAAAUGUGCUUUUACAAAUAAAUUAUGUUUAUUUAUA